AUGUUCGAAAGAAUUCAUUUGAUCGCCUCAUUAAUUAUUUUCUUCAUAGAUAUAUCACUGUGCAACCCAGUUGCAAAAUCAGGCGAUGGGAAGCAAGGAAAAAUUAUAGGCGGCACCUACUCCUUGAUUGAACAAUUUCCGUACCAGGUGUCGAUUAUGUUAUAUGGGCAAGAUCUUUGUGGAGGUUCUAUUAUUGACACGAUAUGGAUCCUGACGGCGGCACAUUGCAUGGAAGAUCAGGUGCCAAAAAAAUUGAAGGUGCGUGCUGGGAGCUCGUAUAGUUCCAAAGGUGGAAUGGUUCACAAAGUGUCACAAUUCUACACGCACCCUUCAUAUGAUCCAUAUACCAUUGACUACGAUUAUGCAAUUUUAAAACUUUCGACACCUCUCAUAUACACAACAAAGAUAAAGCCGAUUAUAUUGGCCCAGGCACGAGACAUAUUAACGCCUGGGACAUUACUGACUGUGUCUGGAUGGGGUACAACGGAGACCGUGGACGUGGAGGAUACACUGAAAUCAGUGCAAGUGCCCUUCAUAUCUUGGGCCGAUUGUUUAGACCUCUAUGGUAACCAAAUCACACCAAGAAUGUUUUGUGCUGGUGACGUAUGGCACGGCGGCAAAGACUGUUGUCAAGGAGAUUCAGGAGGCCCUCUUGUGGCUAAUGGUAUCCAAUACGGAGUUGCUUCUUGGGGUGACGGUUGUGGCGAUGUCGGCAGUCCAGGCGUAUACUCGAGCGUGCCAAGCCAACGGCUUUGGAUCAAAAGCAUUACGGGAGUUUAA